AUGGAGCCAAAUAGCGAGGAAGAAGCGUUUUUUCGAGUCAUUUCGGAAAAUAUGAAAUACGCGUUUAAUAGCCCGCUGCCGACUACGACGCAGUUCCCUACGCCUUACUCGCAGGCCCAGAUUCAUCUGGAUGCGGCGGACGCUUCGACAGACGCGGCAGGCGCGUCCAGAGACGUUUCCAGAGACUCGUCGGGUCCGUUACCGGAAAACAGGACUAACGCCGGACCUGGUGGCGGUUCAGGUGCUGGCGCCGCUGGCAGCGCCGCGGGCCUCGCCGAUAUGAGCGUACAUCCAUCGUCUGUGUUACUUAACGGCGAGUUUCUAUUGAACUCCCCCGAACAAUUCAAAGACUUUUUAUUUGACUCCCCCGCGGGACUCAACCUAAUGCACAAGACCCCUGCAAAGACGCCUUUACGGUUUUUUAAUGGAUCCGCACACAGCUCUGGCAAAGGGUCAUCUUUGCAAUUCCAGAACACAUUACAACCGCCCGCUAUACAACAACAGGCCACUCCACUGCGUAACAUCGAUGUCAAUCUCAUGUUCAACCCGCGCAACAAAGCGUCGUCAACUUCCCCGUCAAAACGGUACCUGUCGCUGACACCCUAUGGGAAACGUGUUCUGACUGAUAUAGGGACGCCGUAUACGCGGAUGCUUGCGUCGUCGAACAGCGCGUUGGUCGAUUUCCAACGUGCCCGCAAGGAUGUAUCCCAAGUGUUGCAGACUCCGCAACCUGCCAAAAAACGACGUGAGAGUACGACGACGGACAACGAUGACCCAGAACUUGAAGAAUAUGGGUCGUCUCCCACCACGAUCCAGUUAAAUUCUUCUGUGACAAAAUCUGCGCGUGACAAAUUGGGGCCCAUUGGUAAUCGUGCGCGCGGUCGUGAGAGCGGCAGCGUGGCGAAUUGUAGCGUUUCACAAAGUUCGUUAAAAUCUCACGAAACCAAUAUCGACGAACGGUUGUUUGAAUUAGAAAAAUUACCACUUUCACCGACUCCUAAACCUUCCAGUUUCGAAAUGGAUGUCACUGCGUUGAAAAUACCGGAAUUGCCCAAGAUGGGCUCGUUCAGGAGCGAACGAUCUGCGUCGACACCCACAAUCGCAGGUGCGACCACCACGGUAGGCAGCAGCGGCAACCACACGAACAAGAAAACGUCACGAAGGCAACCGAAGUUUCAAAUCAUUGUCACGGACGCCACUUCCUUCAAUUCUGCCAAGGGAACGGUCAUGGGCGGUGAAGGCGCGAUGCGAAGGCGCAAACCGGUUUUGAAACGGUCACAGUCGGAAAUGGUGAUGUCCUCCAACGCCAACAACGCCGGCUCCAGACCCAAGCGUCAAAAAACAGUGCCGAAUACAUGUGAAAACGCAUCGGAGGACGGGACAUAA